AUGGAUGAGGGCGACAGGUCUAUUAAGAGAUCGCUUGCCGCCCAAGAUCCCAUCGUCCGGGAGCUUCUUCAGGAAGACGUCGAGCACGGUGUUUUGAUACCGUUGAAGACGACGCUUGAGUUGCGUGAUGACUACCAAACAGGGCACGUGCUAAUUACUCGCACGCCGACCAAGGCCGCUAACCCGGCCAUCCUCAUGCUGCGCAGCUUGCUCCCAGAUGAAAUCAUUAAGGGUGUCCCUCAUCUCCGCAGGUGCGCCAAGCCGUCGGACCUGCCAGCCCAUCUCAAAGCUCAAUUCAUGAACGAGUCCCCACAGAGCCGACAAAUACAUACGGGCAAGUCGAACUGGAUCUACAUAAUCGUUGGGCCCGAGAAUAUGCUCAAUCGUGAUGAGGUUAUCAGCGCGCUGUCUUCGGUGGAGGGCAUGGAAGGGGAAGUGUUUCUCCGUCGCAUCCCCGUUCCGAUGGUCUCCCCGACAUCGCAGGUUCAGGCUGCCAUGUGGUCACAACACUUUUGGCCGUCGUUAUACCGAAAGAACAAUCCGCUGGGGCCGCAUCCUUCCAUGAUCGCUCGCCAGACGGACGAAAUAGCCGACGACGCUGCCAUCUGGAUGACGCUGGCGCACAAGGUGGCGAAGGAAUCCCAUGACGCGGGCUACGGGGAGCCCAUGGGGGCUUGCGUUAUUCAGCGGGACGAGGGCAAGACCACACUGGUUGCGCUCGCCGGUGACUCUCGCUGGUGCCAUCAGGAAAAGACCGGGUGCACCGGAAACCCCAUGGCACACUCGGCGAUGCGCGCGAUCAGCAUAGUGGCACAGAAACUCGUCCGAGCCGAGAACAGAAAGACACAGACCCGGCAAAAACCCAUCCUCGAAUUUGAAGCCUUCCAGGACAGCCCGAUCGCUGGCGACGAAAUGAAGGUCUUUGAGUUGGAGCACCCGAACCCCGACGGCUAUCUCUGCCACGGGCUAGAGAUGUACCUCACGCACGAGCCAUGCGUUAUGUGCUCGAUGGCCAUCCUUCAUUCACGCAUGGGCAAAGUUGUCUUCCGUCACCGUAUGCCGUUGACGGGCGGCCUCUGCGCUGAGGAUCGUGGCCGAGAUCAUCCCUCCCUCAAGGGCGCCGACGGUGGCCGCGGGCUCGGCUUGUUUUGGCGCCGGGAACUGAACUGGAGCAUGGUUGCGUGGGAGUGGGAAUCGAGCGGCUGUUUGAAGCCACUUAGGGUAGACAGGGCGGUCCAUGCCUAG